UACUGUAGAUCGACACAGAUGUGCGUUUCAUUGUUCUUCAUUAUUUUUUUCCUUCCUUGGCGGGCUGCGCUGCACCGUCAAGGUAAUCCCUACUCUUUGGCUAAAUGGCUGCUAGUUGCCGAAAGCCAGAUAGAUAAAUUAAAAAAAAUCCCCACCCUUCGACAGCUGACAAGCAAGUCACUAGAAAACGCAGCUGCUGUCAACAGUUGCUCGCCUUUGGCUAGUCUGUGCUGUCGUGUAGAACAAUGUCUUCACUCUUUUAUUGGUAUUGUUUUGACUCUGCAGUAACUCGUCGAGUUUUGAAGUACAGAAGAACUAGGAGGUUAUGGAUUCAUCCCAUAAAUAGCGACAGACAUUUAGGAGAGUUUUUUUCUUUACAUGAAGAACUUAAAAACUAUCCUGAAAAAUUUUAUUCAUAUUACAGAAUGAAUCAUAAUACAUUUCAGUAUGUGCUGCAGAACAUUCAAGACAAAAUUUCGAAACAGAACACAAAUUUUCGCAGAAGUAUAACAGCAGAAGAAAAAUUGUGUAUAACGAUAAGGUAUCUGUCCACUGGCAUCUCCUUUCAUGCACUGGCAUCGUCAUUCCGAUUAGGAGUGUCCACCGUAUCAGUGUUGGUGAAAGACGUUUGUAUGGCCAUAUGGGAGUCACUUGCUCCCAUUCAUUUACCAACGCCAACUGUUUCUCGAUUUAAAGAAAUUGCCAGUGAAAUGCAUACGAGAUGGGGAUUUCCAAACUGUGUUGGAUGUAUAGACGGGAAGCACAUACGUGUCCAAUGUCCUAAACUUUCUGGCAGCAUGUUUUACAAUUACAAACAGUAUUAUUCCAUUGUACUCCAAGCAGUUGCUGAUGCAAAUUACAAAUUUAUAGCUGUGGAUGUUGGUGCCUACGGUAAACAGUCUGAUGCAGGUGUGUUUAAAGAAAGUAUGUUAUAUAAGAAACUUACAAAUGGGGAGCUGUUAUUACCGCCACCAACAAGACUUGAAGGAAUGUGUCAGGAACUACCGUACGUCAUUUUGGGAGAUGAAGCUUACCCCUUAUUAGAGAAUUUGAUGAGACCUUUUCCUCGGAGAAAUUUGGACAACGAGAAGAUUCUAUACAAUGAUAUGCAUUCCAGAGCAAGAAAAGUUGUUGAAUGUGCAUUUGGUAUAAUGACCAAUAAAUGGAGACUACUGAGGAAGGAAAUUGAAACAUCCGUUGACGUAGCUGAUCACAUAGUCAAGUGCAUUUGUCUACUUCAUAAUAUUGUCAUUGACAGAGAAGGAUGCAAUGUUGAAGCUGAAAAGUUUUGUAACAAUGCUGAUAUGCAGACAGCUGGUGCCACAUUCAACAGAAAUUCCACAUUACGUUCGAAAACUGUCAGGAACACUUUUGUUGAAUAUUUCGUUAAAAAUGCAACUUAAAAUAAUUAAAAAACCUCUCAAAUAAAUUUUGGAAUUGAAAGUACUUUGCUAUUUACUGUAUUUUCUUGUA